AUGAAUUCGCUAAGUUCGGUUCUUGCUACAGCCUCAUUCCGCUACAAACUCGACGACUCGAUCACUUUCGAAUUCGUAGAUGGUCUCUUUCCGUCAGACCCUGCCCCAGACGUCCCUUACUUCUACGCACCCCCAUACUACGCCUGGUGGGAAGGCAACACCCCCGCUUCCGUGCGCACUUCCCACACCUGGCUCCAAUCCAAACUUGCGCGCGACGGUCCCUACGACGGAGUCCUGCUCUUCUCCCAAGGCUGCAGCGUGAUAGCCAGCUUCCUCCUCUACCACCAAGCCACCAACCCAACAUCACCACCCCCGUUCAAAGUAGCAAUCUUCAUCUGCGGCGGCAUCCCGCUAUCGAUUCUCGAAGACCUCGGCGCGAAAGUCAGCCAGGAAGCCCACGACUGGGACCAGAAGACGCGGGUCCUCCUCCGCGAGAAAACCACCGAUGCCGCCGCCAUCCUGAGCCAUGGACACGACCGAUGGGGAAGUUCCGCCAAGGAUGACACGGCUGAGGAGGACCCCGGCGCGAAAAUAAUGAAUAAUCCGCAGGACGUCUUUGGCCUCGACACGACGCAGUUCUCCGAGCACUCCAAGAUCCGAAUCCCGACCGUGCAUAUCUACGGCUCAAAGGACCCGAGGCGGCCGGCGUCGCUGCAGCUGGCGUGUCUCUGUCGCGCCGAGGUCCGGAAGAUAUACGAUCAUGGUGGUGGGCAUGAUAUCCCCAGGCGGAAGGAGGUCUCGGAAGCGAUCGCCGGGUUGGUGAGGUGGAGUGUAAAGAUGGCUGAGGGCGACGAAGGAAUUCGAGCUUGA